UGUGGGGGGGGGGGGGGGGGUAUGUGCGUUGUUCAGUACAACUAGUUUUGGUGCAGCUGUUCAUUUGAUUUUCCCUCGCUGGCUGGCCAGCUUCGCAGUCGCAAGUCGCAGCUCCAAUCAAAAAAUAUGGAGGCGAUCACUGCUUCCUUAGAGAGGUCUCUUCAAAACUGUUCUUUAAACAACGAUAACCACCAGAGCAGGAGGGAAAACGGCUCAGCCGCAGAUGCAGCACUGCCACCAGGCUUAGGCAUCUCAUCCACCUCCGACCAUCUCCCGGACACGGAUAAUAAUCAUAACUCUAACUCCGACACCACCUUAGAGCUCAACUCUCACAUCUCACUCCCUUAUCACUGGGAACAAUGCCUAGAUUUAAAGACGGGGGAAAUUUAUUACAUUAACUGGAGGAACGGAAUGAAAGCAAAGGAGGAUCCAAGAGCAGUAGCAGUGGCAGAGUAUAAUAGUGUAAGUAGGGAUUGUGAAUCCGAAGAAGAGAGCUGGUACGACAGCGAAGAGUCUUCAUCGGAGUCAUGUCCUUCUUCAUCCAAAGAGAACUAUCAGGGUUCGGUAGAGAAACAGAAUGUUUUGGUGGUGGCCGGGUGCAAGGGCUGUCUCAUGUAUUUCAUGGUGCCCAAGCAGGUUGAAGACUGCCCUAAAUGUAGUGGUCAACUCCUCCACUUCGAUCGAUCCGAAAAUGGCUCUCCAUGAUUUCCACUUCUUUUUUUUUUCCAAUUCCUUGUGUUUUUUCUCUCCUUUUCUUCCCUCUUCUCAGUGUGAAACUAUAGUUCUUUCUCUUUUUUCUUUAUUAUUUUUAGAUGAAAUUUUCAAUCUUUUCAGCUAAGACACCCUUCUGCACUUCGAUCUUCACCAUAGGUUUUAUUUAUUUAUUUUAUUAAUUACUCUUAUUACUUUAACAUUUUGUGUUUCUCUCGGUCCUCAAUAAAUAAAAUGACAUAUAUUCGGUCAA